UUUGAAUGACGGCACUCGCGUUGGUCUAUUUAUGUGUGCGCUCGGUACGGCCGCGCACAGAGGGCUCGGGACAGAUCGUGUGAGAGCGGAGCACAGCAUCCACAGCUCGUUGAAGGUAAACUGACCUGAAGCGCAGUCGUACAAUGGCAACCCCUGAAGAUAUCAAGGUUAAGGAGCUUGACAAGAGGGCCUCAGGCCAAGCCUUCGAGGUCAUCCUUGCUUCUCCUGCUCCUGAUGCCAACUUCCCCCUGUCUCCCCCCAAAUCAAAGGAGAUGUCUCUGGAGGAAAUUCAGAAGAAGCUGGAUGCUGCAGAGGAGAGGCGCAAGAACCAUGAAGCCGAGGUUCUGAAGCACCUAGCUGAGAAGCGUGAGCAUGAAAAGGAGGUGCUACAGAAAGCCAUGGAGGAGAACAACAACUUCAGCAAGAUGGCAGAGGAGAAACUCAAUCAGAAGAUGGAGGCCAACAAAGAAAACCGCACGGCAUUGAUGGCAGCCAUGAACGAGAAGUUCAAGGAGAAGGACAAGAAGUUGGAAGAGGUACGAAAGAACAAGGAGACCAAAGAGGGCACUUCGGAAGACUAAAAGUCACCAUCGGGGGAUUGUACAGGGUUUUUUACGUAUCCAAAGAUUGAUUUAUUUUUUGUUUGGCCAGUAUUUUUGUUGUGUUCACACUACCCACCUUUUUGAAAUAAAUCCAAGUUCCACUUUGUGAAUUUUUCAAUUCUCCUCCUGCUAUAAGUGUACUUGCGCUGGUUUUACAUGUGGAUCGUUUCCCCCACCUGUUGAGUCUAACCCAUUUGAUAUGUAGCUUGUCAGUGCAGCUUCUGCCCUUUUUGAAAUUAGCGGUGUGAACUUAUCCUUUUUGAGGAAGCAUGUUUCUAUGCAUAGCUCUUUUACCCCUGCCUAUUUCAUAGUGAGUUUUGAAACUUGUUCCUGUGAGCCACACCUGUUCUCGGCACUUACUGUAUAUUUAAAAAAACAAACAAAAAAAAAAGUAGCACAAGAUUUGAUCAAGGCGUCGGCUGUUAUCCAUGCAGGUGUUUAGUGCGGCUUUGCUACCCAGGUUCUGCUAGUUUUUGCUCAUGCACAUGUUUUCGUGCCGCUGCUGAUUCCUGGCUUUUGUAAAAAUAUGGAGUUGUCUUCAAAGCACAUGACUUCUUGCUGUUAUAGCUGUGAAUUUAAACAUGUCAGGACAUGUGAAUGGUUGCCAUCUUGAACAUCAGAAAACGGGGGUCUACACAUGGAAUGCAAAAGAGCAAUACACUUUGGCAUCUCAAUAGAUACAGUGGCUAGUUGACUUGAACUGUUGUACUAAAACAAAUAAAAAAAUUGUGCAAACACUCUCA